AAAGUAAAACAUCAAUCAUAUACUGUAUUCUUACACGUGUUUCUUUGUGUGAUCAGUCUGUGAGUUUCCUGCUGAAGGUUCUGUCCGAUCUGUGGUUUCCUUCUCACCCAACUGGGUCCCGAUUCUCUAUAAUGAUUCUGUAACUCUGACCUGUAACCUGGAUACCAACCCUAAGAAGGAGAAGAGAUAUUCCUGGUACAGAGAUAACAUAAGAUUAAGUCAUUAUGAGAAGAAUUAUACAAUUCAGGCUGCCAGGCCAAAUGACAGCGGGAAUUAUCAGUGCCAGGCUGAUACCACUAAAAAAAGUGAUGCGGUACAACUGAAUUUUAGUGUUGGCCCAGUCAUCCUACAGGCUCCGCCUUCUGUCUGUGAAGGAGAUUACCUGUCUCUUAGAUGUCACAGUCGAUACAACGAUACAGAAUAUUCUAAGUUUUACAAGGACGGCACCGUCAUGGAAUCCCCAGGCACUGGUUCUAUUUUUCAGGCUGGAAAAGCAAUUAAGAAAAUGACUGGCACUUACAAAUGUUCUAAAGAAUACGAUCAAUACAGUUCUACAAAAUUCAGUAACGAGGAAUUUAUUUAUGUCGCAGGAGCUCGAAAAAAACCCGACAUUCAACCAAAAACAGCAAAUGUACUAUUAAAUGACCCUGUAACACUGAAAUGUGAUAAAAAAGCGGCAUCGGCCAUAAGGAAGAGCUGGAGGUAUGUCUGGUACAAAGAUGGAGACUGGAUACCUAUAAUACAGGAGACCUUUACACUUCAGCAUGCCCAAGAGAAAGACAGUGGGAAUUACCAGUGCCAGAUACCAGGAAGUAAAAGGAGUGACUCUGCUAGAAUAGAAGUUAAAAGUGAGAGAAGACACAAGCACCACCUGGUACCAGUACUCAUUGGGAUGCUGAUAGUGGUACUAGUGGUUGCUGCCGCCAUCCUAAUCUUCAAGUUCAAGCACAAAUUAACACCGCUAAUCAUUCAGCGUUGUUCUAAAACAGAAAACUGCAGAACUUCAGGCAGUACCAUCCAGAGAUCAGACAAUGAAGGCGAUUUGUAUUCAGCAGAACUGGAUGAUGAUCAGCCAGUCAACAGCACUGGAGACAGGAAUGCCUCUUUGAUUGAGGACGAUAAUCAUUUUGUAUAUGUUAAUAUCGAUCAUUACUGGAACCCAACUCCAUCAGAAACUCCUAAACAAGACAAAUGUUCUGUUGACUAUGCGGUUGUUAAGAGAGGCACCAGAGAAAAAGGAAUCCAGGAACGUUCAGACCAAGAAAGUGUGGAGGAUUCAUGCAUCUAUGAGAACUACUGUGCCGCAAAUCCAAAAAGACCCUUUAAGUGAUGGAAAAACCUUAUUCUGGUGGACUGGGGAAGCUGGACUCUCACCUUCCAGGACACACACUAUAUGGAGUUUCUGAACAGAUGGAAAGUAUUAAUGACCAUUGUUAUCCAGCACCUCGUCUUUUUAGUGACCCCAUUCCUCUGAUUUGAGAUGAGGUCUGUAAGUUGCUUUAUAAAGGGGCUCCAUGUGUCCCUUGGUCAAACUUGUACAGAAAUAUCGACAGAGACUUUGCUUUUAUUUUUGAAAUCAGUGUUGAACUUAUCUACCAAAGUAUUAAAAGCUACAUUUUUUGUUGCCUGGAAGAUCCCUGUAUUUAUCUGAGGCAAUGGCUAAACCUAACAGCUGGUUGUCUUUUUUUUAACCUCGGUGACUGUUACUCUGAUAAAUUCCCAGUGUUGGAUUCGGACUUCUUUGUCUUUUCAGAGGACAGAAAAAGUCAUAGAAGAUACAAUGAAUAAUGAUUUCAUCUCAAAACCAAAUCAGCCAAUCAUAAAGUUACAUGAUAGUUAAAAAGCGGUGUGAAGGCAAUGGUACAUGAGAAUUUUUUAAGUGUUUUGUCCAUCAUGGUAGUAGUGGACACAUUGCUUAAAGGAGAAGUAAACCCCUUAUUAAAAAAUACCCUACAUAGACCCCCCUCCCACUGCCCCCCCCCGCCUAGCUGCUACCCUGGGCAAAUGCCCUGAACUUUUUAUUUACCCCUUGGAUGCAGAUUUACAGCAUUAUAGUUCACAGCAGCCAACUUCUUCUCUUCGGUCUUCAUUGGGAAGUAAGUUCUGUAUCUCUUGUCUAUGUAGGGGGGGGGGGUAGGGUUUUUUUUAACAAGGGGUUUACUUCUUCUUUAAAAUGAUUCUUCCAUUCAAAUUGCCCCCUGGCUAGAAGAGGCAGAGAUCUUUUGAAAAUGUGCCAGGCUUCAUGUAUCAAUGGAGCGGAAAAUAAUGAAAAUUAUUAUAAAAAAAUGAUAAAUAAAUAUAAUCAUAUUAUAUAAUAAUUUUUGUUGAAAUAACAGGCCCACCUGCCUUGAUGGCCAUACCCCCAGAUGUUGGUGCAAAUGCUUGAAGUGGCCACUUCUUAUUACAA